AGUAAAACUUAGAAACGUUAUUUGAUGUAAAGGAAGUUAUUUUGUUUCAUUUAAUUUUCACAUAAGUUGGUAAGAUAAUAGGACUUGUUCGAAAGGAGAUCGUAUAACUGACUAACGUAUAUGGUAAAUUGAAUCUUUCUAGAGUUUAUCUACUUAAAAUAGAUAUGAACAGUGAUUUGGAAAGAUUUUCUUAACUACUAAAUGCUUUUAUAUCGAUCGUACAUAUAUAUUCAUGUACAGUAGGAUGGAAAUGUACGUAACGUUACGUAUAUGUACCCUAUUAUACUCAUCAAAUGAAAAUUUAUGAAAAUCACGAAUAGUUGUCUCGUCGUAACUCUUCGAUCAACUGUACAUUUAAGUUAGACAUUGAUUUAAGAUAAAUUGUUACUAUAAUUUACGGAUAACAAUGACAAAACUGGAAAUAUAUCGAGCUUACGCUCGUUUUGUAAAACGCAUGCUUCUUCUUGGUGGAAUCUACCCUAUGAAAAAAAGUUCAUUUCUUUAUCGACAGUUGCCUGUUUUAACGUUAUUAACUAGUUUUGUUAUGUUUUAUGGCACCGUCAAAUUUUGUUUACAUAAUUUUAGUAAUUUAAGUGUUUUUACUAAAGGUCUAAGUCUCGUAGGCAGUUUCUCUUUGAUGAUCGUAAAGGUACUCAUGAUCGAUAUUGCAUUUAUGUUCAUUAUAUAUCGUAAACAAUUUUAUGAAUUACAUAAUACCCUCGAAUUAAUGCAUAAUAAAGUACUUGAAAAUGAUCAAUUUAAACCGAUCGUAUUAUCGACGAUCAAUUUAUUUCGAUAUCCAGCAUACAUGGUAUAUUAUUUAAUAUUAGGUACCAUGAGUUUAUAUAUUUUUGCACCAAUUAUUAUUAUUGGAUACGAAGGUAUCAAAGGUAUACAACCUAAACAUUAUGGUCUUCCAUUUCUAACCAAUUUUCCAUGGAUCAAUGGAACACCUGGAAUCAUUUAUCAAAUACAAUUUUUGUUCGAGACACAAUGCAUUUGGUUUAUUAUAUUUGUUACCGGCGGCGUUGACUCUUCUUAUGGAUUUUAUUUAUUUCAAAUGAUUGGUCUAUUGCGUGCCAUGUCAUUCGAAUGUGAAAACGCAUUUAAAUCUUCUUACAAACUCAAGAAUAUCUUGCACAAUUGCAUAAAAAAACAAGUAAAGUUGUUACGUUGUCGUGACAUUAUUCAACAAAUUUAUGGACCCAUUGUGCUUGAUUUAAUGCUUACUAAUGCUAUUGUCUUAUGUGCACUAAUAUUUCAAGCAUUUCAGGUAAAAAAUCAAAUGUUAUUAUUUUGUUUAAUAUGUUACAAUCUAAAUGUAAUGAAAAGUAUGAUGUUAUUUGUUAAGACAGAGAUGACUGCAGGUAAAAUGCUUUUAUUUGUAAUUUAUGGAUUAUUGAAAACUAUUCAAGCGUUUAUGUACUCCUGGUAUGGAAGUAUUGUUGCUUCAGAAAGUGAAGCAUUUCGACGAAGUGUAUAUUGUAGUAAAUGGUACGAAUACGGUGAUAAUAUAACGCUUAUGAAAGAUGUUUUGAUCAUAUUGUCACAAAAACCGAUCGUAAUUGUGGCAUGUCAUUUUUUAUAUAUUUCAUUGAAUAUCUUUAUUAAGGUAAAAAAAAAAAAGAAAAAGAACGCAAAUAGCACAAUUAAAUAUUAG